AUGGCCAAGCGCACAAAGAAGGUCGGUAUUGUCGGAAAGUACGGCACCCGAUAUGGAGCGUCUCUGCGUAAAAUGGUCAAGAAGAUGGAGAUGGAUCUGCUGAAAGGAUACGCUCAAAGUGAUGAAGAAAUAUCGGAUGACGAUAAUUCAGCACAGUCAUUUUCCGUGCAAAACUGUAAAUCUCUAGCUAUCCCGAGUGAAUUACCCGUGAGUACAGAUUUCUUUUUAAACAAUUCUAUCCGCAUCUCUGUUUCUAGAUAG